AUGACUGAUUUUUAUUGCAACAGAAUCGAGGAUAUCUGUUUGCUACGCCAAAGACUUUCCAACGACCCUGAAUCUGUUGCCAAAAAGCUUCGGAAUGCAUGUGAUUUAUUGAAACACUCCCAGCCUGGGAUCGCAAAUGACUCGUUAGGAGUUCUCGUGGCACUAUUUUCUUCUCGUAUGCCUUCGACCGUUUGGACUGUAUUGUUUCAGAAACUCCGUGAAAGCGAUAAUCUAAAAUUUAAAUUAAGUGUCCUUCAUCAUUUUGCGCAUGUGAUUGAACAUAUACCAGCUGAGGAAAAAGCAAAUGCCUUCCGUAUUUUUGGACAGGAGACUGUUGUGCUGUUAUCAAAGGAGGAGGUAAUUGUAGAUAUUUCCUUCAAAAAUAGCUUCCGAUUAAUUAUAGAGUCACUUGGUAUGUUUUCUGAGGAAGAGUUGUGUUCCCAGAUGCUCGCUAUCAUAAUGAACAACAUGCAGUUAUGGACGCAAAGUGAUUUAUUACGAGCCAAUGCAUACCUCUCAAGUUUAUUGGUGUGCUUUACCAAUUGCUACGAAGCACCAAUUCCUUUUUUGCAUCUUGUCAAAAGGAGGUUGAGCUUAUAUGCGUUUUCUGUAGUCCUCGAUGCCUGUGCUCCAUUUAUAAUAGACCGUUCAGAAAGAUUAGCUGAAAAUGGUACUACAUGCUCCGAGUUUAUACAUUUAAGGGAGCUACUAGACAAAGAAGUGGUAAACUGUUUCUUGGUUAACAAAAUGGAUCCCUCACAGCCAAUUCCAUCUCUUAUUUCAUGCUUUGUCAGGAUGAAGGAACUUGAUCCUCUGUUUUCACUUUCUGAAGAGGCAGAUGUAUGCCAACAAGUAUUACUCGCUCUUAAAAAUACACCAACACGAAAGUUUUUAGUUCCCUCGCUGUUGAGCUUUCUUCAGAAAACGAGUAUUAAUUGGUGGAGACAUGUCGACAUUGUUUUUUCCUAUAGCUUGACAGGUGACGCGGCAAUACGAUCAUAUGCAUUUUUGGCAAUUGCUAAUGCACUUAAAGCGAUACGAGUGCAUGAGAUACUCAACAUACAGCCUAUGAUGUUCGACUUAUUCAAUCACUUUAUACAGAAACGUUGUAUAAUGACUGUUUGCGGAAUUCUCAACGUUUUCAAAACCAGUUUCAUGGAAUUAGGUACACAAAAAAGCGUAAUAGAACAUUUAUUUUAUCAACUUUACACCCUUGUUUCUGAGUCACCAAUCGACUUGAAAUUCAAUAGCUCUAUUCAGUUGCUUGUUUUAGGACUGAUCCAGAUUUCUUGCGUUUAUUCUUCCGAUUUACUAUCAUACGUUAUCCGAUGUUAUGAUUCGGAUAAUGUAGCUGUGCAGAAAGGAGGACUGAAAACUUUGCUUUAUUGGUGCUCUACACAAGUCAUUGAAGAAUCGUGUUUAGAAUAUUUAAAUUUCAAAAGAAUGGACUUCUUUGAAAAAUCAUGGUAUCGUAACGUACCCAUGAUACCAAUUAAUCAAUUAUCACUAUAUCAUAUGAAUCAAAAUAUUAAAACUAUGGCUAAUUUCUUUUUAUAUCGAUUAUGUGAGGCUGUAACGGAUAUAAAUGGAAAGUUGUCUGUAACCGAAAAUGCAUGUACAGCUAUUAUAGCACUUGAUGAAUUUUCUAAGUGCCAUAUUAUGAUGGAUGAUACUCCAUUGUUGUAUAUUAUGUCUUCCUUUGAAAUUAUUACGACAAAUAUGCUUAGCUAUAAUGGCGUGGUGCCUCUCUCCACUUUCAUCAAGUUGAUGCAGGCUUCUACGGUAUGUCUUUCAAAGAGCUCAUGUUUUCAGCCCAUUAGUAUCAUUUGUCAUAAGGAUUUAUAUAAUCUAAUGUGUAGCAUUAUAUUUUAUUUUUCUCAGAUUAUUGAACCAUGUGUUUCUUAUGAGUUUGAAUCGGAUGUGUGCUUUUAUGGAGCAUUUGUUCAACUACCAUCGAUUCUUAGGAAGGCAAUGCAGAAUAUAUAUUUAUCAGCCCUCCAUAAUACGGAACCCUUAAAAAACACUGAUUUUUAUGCGUUUCUUGAAGCUGCAUUUCUUUUUUUAACGCGAUUGACCGAAGUCGGCGCCUACUCUUGUGUUUUUAUUCAACAUCUAAUGAAACUACAUUCAUCUUUGCUGAAAUGCAUGAGCAUUUUUGUCGGAAUUAAUCCCCAAAGUGUUUUCCAUUUCGUAAAAGCGUUUGCUAAAAUUAUUUUUACAUCUCCGAGUGAAUGUGCCUAUGAUGAUUUCUUUAAGGGGGACUUCCUGUAUAUUUUAUCAGCGAUAAAACACUGCGUAAUCUGUGGGUUUUCACUCGAUUUAUUUUCAGUCGGGCCGACACUUUUUGAAUUGCUUAUUUUAUUUAUAGAUUUAGAUUGCCGUUUUAACUCAAUUCGUGCAUAUUCUUUUGUAGAUACGGACUUCUCACUAUUGGAAAUUAUCAUUAGUGAAGUCUUGAUGCGAGAAGGUUAUGCCCCACGUUACGGCUUUAAUACUGUUGAAACAUUGCUUCUAACCAUACUGAAAUUAGUUAAAUCACCUCAUAAGCCCAGAGUUGCUUUAUUGUUAACUUCUGAAAAAUACAACUGCAUCGUGGCCAAUCUUAAUUGCGAGCUUAGCAACUCAAGCUCAACCAUUCUUAAAACAUGCAAUGAGUAUUUAUGUUUGAUUUCGGAUGAACUCCAACUAUCGUGUAAGACCGAAGAGAGACUGCUUGGCGUACUAACUACAUUCAUUCAAGAGAAGACGUCUUUAAGUAAUUAUUUUAGUCUUUUUGAAUCAAUUUUUACGCAUAACGGUUCCAGGAUCGGAAUUGACCAUCUCUUUCCACAUGGAUGGGAUCAGUCACCUUACUUUCUUCUACUUAAGACUUCCAAUGAUCCCAGUUUAAUUCACAAGGCGGUAGAAACUUUAUCGCGUACUCCCUGUGAAGCAUGGCUAAAAUGCCUUUUGGCUUUAAUCAUACUCAAUUAUCUUUCACAUUCAAGGCUAGUGUGUGAGACAUCAGGAUGUUUUUUGUGGGAAAAAAUCGAAGUCUCAAGGCAGUUUAUUCAUUUUUUGAUGAAUCCCACUGAACAAGACAGUUCGUUACCUGUCCCUGGUCAUGAUCGAGUAUGCAUAGCUGACUGUACCAAAGGGCUGGAUGCUAAUGGCCAUAGCAGCAAUUGCGCACAUUUUGAUCAUGUUUCUCGUAAUCUCGAUGCUUCGUCUGUGCUUCACUAUAUGCCUUAUGGUGUCUGCGCAGUAUCACUUUCGCCGUCUGAGCUCAUAAAAGAUGAGUAUCUUUCUGAGUUGUUUGUAACAGAUAUGUUUGAGUGUUGCAACCGAGAAACUGGUCUUUCCUUGUUUCAUACCCUAUGCAACGAGAAUGAUCUCAAGAAAAUCAAUGUCCAUGGUGUUGUAGCACUUGCGCAGUGUCUAAUGCGAUCCAAAAUACACAAAGACAGCUAUAUUACUUUGGUGUCUAUAGCCUUUGCCGAGCGCCUAGAAUUGUUGCUAGAUUCUGUUUCCUCUAUAGAUAAUGAUUUUGUCAAAUGCUUUCAAUACAGUACUUUAUUUUUACUUGCUUGGUUUUAUCUCAACAGAACCGAUCACAACAUCUACAGUGACAACGUCUUGCUUAGUAAUAUCCCUCUCUGUCUGAAAAUCGUUCAGCAUUAUGGCUUUCAUGAUACUGAGGAUCUUGAUCAUGUGAUUGAAGCUGCAUUAGAGAGACUUUCUAGCACUGAAGAAUUGAAUUCUGUUGAGGAAUCAACACUGUUGCUUCUUGUCAGAAUCUUUGGAGGGACGUCACACUGGAAUAGAUGGCUACGGUCCUUGUUAGAACACGGGACUUUAGAACAUUUCAGGACCUAUCUUAAAGUGAGCCAAGUUGUUUCAUUCACACUUGGCACAUGGCUUGACGUGAAGAUGACCUUUUCUAGUAUACUCCAGCUCGACGAGUUUAAUAGCAAUACUUCAUCUGAUAAACAGCGGUACUCAUUAUGGUUACUAUCUUCCAUGCUAUGCCAUCCUGAGGAUGAUGGUUUACAUACAAAGACGAAAAUAUUUCAAACACCCCUUUCAGAUUCAUCUUUUGAAUUUUCGAACUCUUUAAAGAAUACCUCGUUGACCAAUACGGCUUCAAUCCUUUUUGAUGCCAUACAUGAAGAUGUAGUUCCUUCUUUUAUGAAAAGGAAUGGUUCUGUUCUCAGCGGUCAAAAUCUUCAUUAUCAACAGCGUAUACUUCCUUUGUGCGGUUGCCUUCAUCAUCAGUUUUUAAGUCACGCUAGGGAAAAAGAUGUCUACUUGGAUUUGCUACAGUUUUAUUCACAAACGGUAUGUGCAAAGUUCUCACUCAUGCAAGCGUCCUCUCCAAGGUGUUUUUAUGAUAUGAUGAGUUCUUUUGCUAUAAUUUGUGCGAAUGGAGGCAUCAACUUUAAGAUGAGUUCCUGGUAUGCAGAUUCGGUACCUCUUUUUGUACCAUUUAUAAAUCAUUUGUUGGUGUAUUUAAAAGACUUUGAGUUGUCUGCUAUAAGCUCCCUAAAGUCAUCCCGUACGAGUGUUCUGAGUGAACACUCAGGCGUGUUUCUUCGACCUAUAUUGUAUACCAAGUUUUGCGAUACUUUUAGCCUUGCUAUUACUUGCAAGCUAUUGUGUUGUAGAACCUUUCAGGUUUACAAUGCUGAAAUUUUUGCUGUCGACGGGUUACUAUCGAAUUUGAUUAGGAAUCUCAUGUCUAUUGAUCACUUCACCUACCUUGCUGCGCAUUCGUGUAUCAGCUUAUUGGGUUCUAAUUCUUCUGUGUUGAAGAAGAUAACGUGGUUGCCAUUGUAUUGUUCCCAGCAUUUUAUUGAGGAGUUACACCUAGGGACAUCCUGGGGGUACCUAUCUUUUUCUUUCGGAGCAAUGCAACUGUUGUGUACCGCCUGCGUGGUAACUUCUUCCUGGUCUAAUGAUGAGAAGUUCUGCUCAAAGAUAUGUGAGGGACUCUGGAAUGGCAUACUGAAAGUUACACUAUCUAGAGCGCUGACAUUCAAUGGCUACGAGCUUAUCCGUGUUCUUAUAUCCAACACGAUGGUUGGAGGGAGAGAGUGGGACAUGCUUCGGAUGCUUAUUAAUGACGAUUGGAGAAAAAAUCUCAUGACUGAGGCACUGGAUGUUUUAACCGUAUUUAAGGACUAUAAUUCAUUGAUUCACAAUGAAAAUUCACCAAACCACUGUACGCCCGAUGAACCACAUUUUUCUUCGAAGGGUCUAUUUCUUCUCGAGGGGGAUAUUCUGGUCCAACUUCUCUUAAGUCGCGUGCAUGCCGAGCGACUGGUAACGCAAGCUUUUGUCCUUUUACGAAAUGAGCAAGAUAUUAAUAGCAGAGAAACCUCAGCAGACAACCAAAGCGCAUUGAUUUCUGGUCUCUUGGAUAAUUGUCAUGUAUUAAGUGAAGCAGAAGUCAUAUGCCUGGAGGUAUUGAUCGUAGAUGGUAUUGCAAAGGACUAUUAUAAUAUCUUCUUUUUUUUUAAUCAUUUCAAAAUGUUGCCUGCGUCACGACGGAUCUAUAUGCGUGUUUUGUUGCUCAUGCUGCGUCGGCACAUGCUGAAUGCUGACAAGAGUGGUGAAAGUGCUAUCACACCCGAUGUCAAAAACUUACUAUUUAUCUUCUUAAGAUGUGCGCUUCAGUGUACAGCACACAUGUCAGACGUUAUAUGGGUUAUCACCGCAUUAUUAAUCAGCCUCAUAAGUUUUCAAAGUUUAAAGGUUAGCGGUGCGAUGGCGCUUUCUGUGUUGCCGCCUCAGCCCAUAGUUAUGUAUGAGAUGCUCACGAGGGCAUUAAUUAAAUAUUUUGCUAGAGGCCCACUUCGUAAUUUUGUCGUAGAAAUUCUUUCUAGCAUGUGUGAAAAUAUAAAUGCCGGGCCAAUCAUCACAUCUUCUAUUAGCGCGUAUGUAUCAAGUCUGUUUGAAUACAUAGAUCACAAGUAA